AUGAGUCCAAGAAUCACCCCCUUAAAUAUUAGCCGCCGCAUACCUGCUGGCACCGCCAUCGAUCCGACGCCCGCCGUCGAUGACGUCGCGGCGCCCUCGGAGCGCGCGGCGAGAGGGGUAAACGACGUCACCGCUCCCCUUUUUACGCCCCCACCCGUCAGUACGCCAGUCGAGCGGCCGGGAGAGGCGGCGACAACGCGCUCUAGAUCUAGAUGCCCAGCGAGGGACGGUCGCGGAAGAGUUUUUUUUGUUCCGGUGGAUAAGUUGUACGAGUUACAGUCGGGAGGCGAGGCGCAGCAGUAUGAGUACGCCUACCCCAAUCAGGACAACAAUCUGCUCUACAACCGCAUGGAACACGAAAUAACGAGGCCGGGCGACGUGUUGCAGUGCUACGACUGCAACUCGGAGUACGAUCCUCGGUGCGGGGAUCCGUUCAAUCCUUACACGAUCGGCAUCGUGAAUUGCACCGAUCGCAACACGCCGGAGCAUCUGAUCGAUCCGGUCGAUCCCAACAGGAAGCUGGAGCCGAAGCUAUGCAGGAAAAUCGUCCAGAAAGUGCAAGGGAAGAUUAGGGUGAUCAGGAGUUGCGGGUACAUCGAGGACCGUCACGACGACAAGAAAUGCUUCAAGAGGACGGGAACGAAGGACGUGGAGGUGCACUUUUGCUCGUGCACCAAGUCCUUGUGCAACGCCGGAGAUAGAACGAAUGGUCCUUUGAGGAUACUGGUCCUGCUAUUCGUUGGAUUCGCUAAUAUGGCUGCACGUUGGGCGUAAUUAUAUUUGUUUUAUUUAGUUUAUUUUAUCGGGAUAUUGCGUACAAACAUUUCAUAUUGUUUUUGGGACACCCGGUAUUGGUAUUUCUAAUUAUUUUAAAGUAUCUACUCAUUUUUAUGAUGUUUGUAUGCAUGUAAUGAAUGAAUUAUUAUUUACAUUUUGCGUAAUUCCUGUUUUGUUUUCGAACAAAAACUCUUAUUAUAGUUUGUAUCCAAUUUGUAAAAGAUGUCAAGACGGGUUAUCUCUUUUAAAAUGUGAACUGGAAAUU